CCGAUUGCCGCCGUUGUGCGCGAUGUGACUCACGAGGGUUUUGUGGUGGGUGGUGGUGGUUGUGUGUGGGCCUCCAGUCCCAGCAGAUGAGUCCUCAGCUGGCGCUGCAGGUGCUACUGCAGUUCGACAAGGCGAUCAACGCGGCGCUGGCGCAGCGCGUGCGCAACCGCAUCAGCUUCCGCGGCUCUCUGAACACGUACCGGUUCUGUGACAACGUGUGGACCUUCGUGCUCAACGACGUGGAGUUCCGCGAGGUCACCGACCUCGUCAAGGUCGACAAAGUGAAGAUCGUGGCCUGCGAUGCCUCGGGCUCGACGUCUGCGGAGUGAGGAGGAGGACGAGGAGCGGUGGCGGAGUGUGGAGCAUCAUCGGAGCGGCGGCUCGCUCACCGUCCACCAGCCCCCGAUAUACAGUGUCCAGUCGCCCACUCACCCACUCCCUCGCCCUCCGCCAGCCCCAGUACACGCAGUGCACUCACCCACUCCCUCACCAUCCAUCCCACCACUCCCUCACCAUCCACCAGCCCCAGUACACAGCAUCCACUCACCCACUCCCUCACCCUCCACCAGCCCCCGAUACACACCGUUUACUAACCCACUCCCUCUCCAUCCAUCCCACCACUCCCUCGCCAUCCACCAGCCCCAGUACACAGCAUCCACUCACCCACUCCCCCGCCCUCCACCAGCCCCAGUACACAGCAUCCACUCAUCCACUCCUUCGCCCUCCACCAGCCCAGCAUAUAUCGACGCGAUCUGCUGGCCCCACUCCGUGCACACGCUGCUCAGCGCCGUCCACUCGCCCGUUGCCGUGCCCGUCGCGUUUCGCCUCUCCCACUUCCACCCUGCGUGGCCCUCCAGCACCACGGCCGAGUCGCCCGCUCUGCACUCAAGGUUGAAGAUGCAGGGUUGUCGUCGUUGUCGUGGUGGUGAUGAUGAUGGUGGUGGUGGUUGCAGCAAGCCGCCCUCUGGUGGUGUGAAACCCGGACUAUAAAUAUAGCCCCGUCAAAGAGAAUGACUCUUGACACUUGAUUCAGACUGAUAUUUGAAGGCGUUGUAGAUCCUGAGUCCGAGGAAUAGAUUUAAAUUUGCAAAAUCAUUCCAGCACGUCCACUCAUACUCUCUGUUUCUUUCGGUAAAGUCACUUAGGUAAAAAUUAAAAUAAAGUUAAUCAAAAAAAAUUACUUUAGUAAUGAUGAUGAUUGCUUGUGUUGCAAUCGAAACGUCGUGAUUUGAUUAACUUUAUUUUUACCUACGUGACUUUACCGAAAGAACCAAAGAGCAUGGAUCAUUGUAGUCACGAAAACUUCAAAUCUAGAAUCACGUCCACUCAUUGACUCCGCCUCCUCGUUCUCGUCGCUAUGCUGCUCCGGUCACUCCCCCCACAACUCUCGCUCGCCAUCCUCCCAGCUGCCAUCGCUCGCCCGUCACCCUCUCGGCCUCAAUUACUCUCCCAUAAUCCUCCCAGCUGCCAUCGCUCGCCCGUCAUCCUUCCAGCUCCCCAUCAUCCUCCCAGCUCCCAUCAAGGAUCUGAGUGAAUCUGCUUUAAAAUCCCAACCCCGCCCACAGCUUUGCUGUUCCAGGCUUAAGUUGCACCACCCACACUGUUGUAACCCCUUGCAUAAAAAUAGUUAACAUUUUAAAUUGAAUUUUUUUUCUUCCCUCUGGCGUCUCUUUAUGUUCGGUGUAAUUUAUUUGUCGCAGUUUUGACGAGAGCCCCACACGUUACCAACGGCGCAACGUUCGAUUUUUUUUUUAAAUAAAGGAUUUUCUUUGGUUUUC